UUGAAUACCAUUUACAAACAAUUAUAUAAUUGCGGUGCUUCACAUUGAGCCCAUUUCGAAGCGUGAUUUGAUGGGCAAACUACUACAGAGCGUUCGUAUUCUAUUCGCGGUCUACGUCAAAUCGGUUGUUUAUUUAUACCCUACCUACCACGUCGUGUUACACGGCAGAAACAGCGAAAAGAGGACUAACCGGUUGCAGUGACUCGAAGUCCAAAGUUCACCAAUUGUAGUCCGAUUACGCCGGUCGUGCCAUUGUUUGCAGUGUUGAUUACCUACUUGUGCGCGUGGUGAUAACUGGAUGACGAUGCGUAAACACUUCUUUCCAAUCCGUUGCCUACUUUUCGUUUACUAUAGACGUUCUCUAGCGGAAGUGAAAGGAUAAAGGAUUAUGUCGCUAGACGAAAGAUGGAAGGAUAUGUACAAAUUCGGCGUAGUUGAUUAUGGAGUAUUUUCUGCGAUGCUAAUCCUUUCGGCUACCUGUGGGAUUUAUUUUGGAUUUUUCCAACGUACCGUCAGCCAAACACCGGAAAGCAGCGAUGACGAAUGUGCUACUGGUAGCAGAAGUUGUAGUAACCGCAGGCGAACGGCCGCCUCUUUUGGAUCUUCGACGAUGGAUGAGUAUCUGCUCGGUUCGCGGAAGCUGAAAACGUUCCCGGUCGCCAUGAGCCUGGUCGCUGGUUAUAUAUCCGGAGUGACCAUUCUGGGCACUCCGGCGGAGAUAUACAAUUUCGGUACGCAGUACUGGUUGAUUGUUGUACCGAUAUUGCUGAUGGGAGUGGCAGUUAGUACGAUCUACUUGCCGGUGUUCUGUUCCCUGAAGCUAAGUUCAUCUUAUGAGUACUUGGAAUUACGGUUUAAUUCAUCCGUAAGGUCGAUAGCCUCCAUAAUGUUUGUACUAGAUGAGCUGUUCUUUCUACCAAUGAUAAUCUAUGUGCCAGCACUGGCAUUCAAUCAAGUUACUGGUUUCAACUUGUAUAUAAUUGGAGCCAUUGUCUGUCUCGUGUGCAUAUUUUAUACAUUGUUGGGUGGAAUCAAAGCGGUCGUUUUCACCGAUGCCUGGCAGGUGGUCGUGAUGUUUAUCUCCGUAGUCGUUGUGGUCAUUCUGGGUACCAUAGCAAUCGGUGAUCCAACUAUCAUAUGGGACCGAUCGGAGAUUGGUGACAGAAUUAAUUUUUUCAACUUCAACCCGUCGCUUUACGAGCGACAAACGUUUUGGGGUGUGUUGAUUGGAGGAUUCUUCUACUGGACCUCAUUCAACUCUGUCAACCAGACUAUGGUGCAACGGUACAUGUCACUGCCAAAUCUGAAGAAGGCUAAGAGGUCCAUUGGCAUGUUUACCAUCGGAAUGGCCAUUUUUGUUACCGCUUGUUGCUACGCUGGGCUACUGAUCUAUGCUUACUACUACCAGUGUGAUCCAAUGUCGGUAGGAUUUGUCCAAACGGAUGACCAGUUGUUCCCUCAUUAUGUAAUGGAAAUCGUAGGACAUCUGCAGGGGAUUCCUGGUCUGUUCAUUGCUGGAGUUUUCGGAGCUGCUCUCAGUUCACUAUCGGUAGUUCUUAAUUCUACCUCUGCGGUGCUAUUGGAAGACAUACUCAAGGGACUGUUUCGUGUGAAUCCUAGCCCAUUUGUAGCUAAUGUGUUUGUAAGAGGAAGUGUCGUCGUCCUUGGUUUAGCCGCAAUGGGCUGUUUGUUCAUAAUCGAAAAGCUUGGAGGUAUAUUGAGUGUGGCAACCUCUUUAUCGGCUAUUGCAGCCGGAACCACGUGUGGAAUUUUUACACUUGGAAUGUUGGUUCCGUGGAGUAACUCUAAAGGUGCGCUAUUUGGUGGAGUUUCAGGAGCUAUUCUAUCUGGAUGGGUUUCGUUAGGAGCUCAGCUCGCUACAGCUAGCGGUAAUAUUGUUCCACAUAAACUUCCCGUGUCGAUAGAUGGAUGUCCGGACGAUUUACUGUCAAACAGUACUAUCGUGAACCCGAUUUAUCCGGAUGAAUCAAAUGUGUUCCCACUCUACCGUCUAUCAUAUCACUGGAUUACUCCUAUCGGGGUUUUAACAGUGCUAAUAGUUGGCACUAUCGUAUCGUUCCUGACAAAUCCUAGAAAUCUGAAGGACAUCGACCCGGAGUUAAUAUCACCGAUUAUCCACCGUUUCUUGCCACAGGAAUCCUUCGGAAACUUCGGGUCGGCAUCCAAAGAAACUCCAGUUAAUUUCAGUAAGGAAAUGCGAUCGUCCUAUGGUUCUGAUUCUGCGUUCCAGAGUGCCAAAAUAAAACAAUCCCGCUAAAAAGACAAUCAGGCAACUUACUUAAAAUGUUCGGUUGAGCGAUGGAACCAUGGUACUUAAGUUUUAGUCGAGUAAAUGCAAAUUUAGCAAUCUCUUGUGGAAACAGGAUGCUUUCUUGUGCAAUAGGGUAGAAUGGGUAUGCACGAGUGCUCGUAAAACAAUAGACUGUAAAUCUUAGACGCUGUAGUAACCAUUCGAAAAUAUUGAAUUAGGCGACUAUUAGUCGCAUACUCCAAAUUUAAGUACAAUGUGCUAACAUUUGCAUAACUGCCUGUGAUACAAUCAAAUGAAUUGUUAGGAGAUAGGUGCUGCAAAGAAGGUUUUAUUUUUUAUGUAAAUAAUUUUUACAAAAUAAAAUAUUAGUAUGAAUCGAAUUUUUAAUAAAAUGUAUAUCAAUA